ACAAACUAGCUAAAAAUGAAACCUUUGCUUCCUCCUUCUUCACAGAUUCCUCCAUGGUUAAUUCUCUUUUGUAGACGCCAUCUAUGCAUUACUUCAACCUCAAACUCACUAACAAAUCAACAAACGCAAAUUCUUGAACUAUCCCCCUUGAAUUCUCUUGAAAAACCCAUCUUAAACCCUCAAAUUUCUAAAAAGCAUGCACCUUUUGAUGAUAAUAACCAUUUAGAAGAUGUUGGGUUUACCAAGAAUCAUGUAGUUGAUGUUCUUUUGAGUUACAAAGAUGACCCUGAUUCAGCUUAUAGGUACUUUCAAACUGCUGGGCAACAAAGGGGAUUUAUACAUACUAAAUCUGACCCUUUCUUUGUUAUGCUUCACAUAUUAGUAAGUUCUACAAUGCAUCAACAUAAAGCUCGUCGUUUGCUCGAUUAUUAUGCUUCUAGUGACUCCAGUCCAUCUGCUACUGUUGUUUUUAAUGGUUUAGUUGAUUGUGCUAAGAGUUUUGGAUUCGAGUCAAACCCUCGAGUUUUUGACUUUUUGAUAAAUAGUUGUGUGAAAGUUAAUAGAUUGAGUGAUGCUAUUGAUUGUUUUAAUGGGAUGGUUGAACAUGAUAUAAUGCUGUGGGUCCCGACUGUGAACAAGCUUUUAAAGGCGUUGGUGAGGCAGGACAUGAUUGGUGUAGCGCGAGAUUUGUAUACUGAUAUAGUGUCUAGGGGGACCCGUUAUGAUUGUCGAACUGUGCAUAUUUUGAUGUCUGCUUGUCUCAGAGAAGAGAAACCGGACGAGGCGUUGAAGCUUUUCGAGGAGGCCAAGAAGAGUGGGGUGAUUAAGCUUGACGCGAGAUUGUAUACCCUUUGUGUUUAUGUUGCUUGUAAGGAGGAAAAUCUAAGUUUCGCAUUGGAGUUGUUGGAGGAAAUGAAAGGCAAGGGUUGGGUUCCUUCAGACGGCACGUAUACAAACAUAAUUACGGCUUGUAUAAAACAAGAGAAUGUGGUUGAGGCAUUAAGGCUCAAAGAUGAAAUGCUAAGGAAGGGGCAUCCGAUGAAUUUGGUGGUUGCAACAAGUUUGAUGAAAGGGUAUCAUGUCCAGGGCAAUUUAUCAAGUGCUUUGGAUUUGUUUGACAAAUUGGUCGAGUAUGGACUCACUCCGAACAAGGUGACAUUUGCAGUUUUAAUGGAAGGUUGCUGUAAAAAUGGGAAUAUUGAAAAAGCAGUAGAAGUUUACAGGCAAAUGAAACUUGCAGGUAUUAAGUCUAAUGCUUUUGUUGAAAAUUCUUUAAUAAAGGGAUUUUUGAGUGCUAACUUGUUAGAUGAAGCAAUGAAUGUGUUUGAUGAGGCAAUAAAUUCAGGGACGGCUAAUGUUUUCGUUUACAAUAGUAUAAUAGCCUGGUUCUGUAAGAAGGGUCGAAUGGAUGGAGCUAAAAAAGUAUGGGAUCAGAUGGUUGAUAAUGGAGUUUUACCUACUAUAACUUCGUACAACAAUAUGAUUCUUGGAAAUUGCAGAAAUGGGAAUAUGGACAAAGCAUUGGAUUUGUUCUCUCAGUUGCCGGAAAGGCAUUUGAAAGCUAAUGUUGUAACUUAUAGCAUUUUGAUUGACGGGUAUUUCAGAAAAGGUGACACUGAUAAAGCUGACAACUUGUUUGAUCAAAUGCGCUCUUCAGGAAUUGUCCCUACUGACUACACAUUCAAUACCAUAAUCAGUGGUAUGUCUAAAGUCGGAAAAACGUCGGAGGCAAAAGAUUUUCUUAAAAAUAUUGUGACAGUAGAUCUUCUUCCAACUUGCAUGUCUUACAAUAGCCUAAUAGAUGGAUUUUUGAAGGAAGAUGAUGUCAGCUCAGCAUUAGCUGUUUAUAGAGAGAUGUGUGAUAGUGGGAUUUCCCCAGAUGUUGUCACUUACACAACUUUGAUUGAUGGGUUAUGCAAAAGCAAUAACAUUGAUCUAGCUUUAAAAAUGCUGAAUGAGAUGAGAAAUAGAGAAAUUAAGUUAGAUGUCAUUGCAUAUGCUGUUCUUAUAGAUGGAUUUUGCAAAAGAAGAGAUAUGAAAAAUGCUUCUGAACUUUUUGAUGAAAUCCGUCAAGUUGGUCUCUCUCCUAACCUAUUUGUCUAUAACAGCAUGAUAAGUGGUUUUAGAAAUGUAAAUAAUAUGGAAGCAGCACUAGUCUUGCAUGAGAGGAUGAUCAAUGAAGGCAUUCCAUGUGAUUUGGAAACAUACACCACAUUGAUUGAUGGGCUUUUGAAGGAUGGAAAAAUAGUUGUGGCAUCUGAUUUGUACACUGAGAUGAUUGGAAAGGGUAUAAUGCCUGAUGACAUCACAUAUACUGUUCUUGUACAAGGUCUUUGCAAUAAAGGUCAGGUUGAGAAUGCACACAAGGUCUUAGAGGAGAUGUAUAAAAAGAAUAAGACUCCUAGUGUUCUGAUUUAUAAUACACUAAUUGCUGGACACUUCAAGGAGGGAAAUUUAGAAGAGGCAUUUAGGUUGCAUGAUGAGAUGCUUGACAAAGGUCUUAAGCCCGAUGAUGCGACUAUUGAUAUUCUAUGUGGAAAGUUAAAAGGAAUUAGUUUGGCUCAUGGUAUUCCAAUGCCGCAAUGAACCAGAUACCCUAUAGUAAUUUGUUGACGAGAUAUAUUGGCUUUCAUUCUUGUCACAUGUCUCUGCUGUCUGCAAGCUUUAUGACAUAAGGGCUAUGAAAGAGCUUGAGUCAUUCCGGGGGCAUCAGAAGGAUGUCACAUCGUUGGCCUGGCAUCCCUUUCAUGAAGAAUAUUUCGUCAGCGGAAGCUAUGAUGGUUCAAUAUUUCAUUGGCUUGUGGGCAAUCCGGAAAUCCAAACACACCUGGAAUGCACAUGCAAUCAAACUUUGGUCAUCAAUCUGGAAUGCCUCCACCACUGCCGCCAGGGCCUCCACCACAUAAUCAAGGACAUUAAUCGGCCAUUGUUUAUAGUCUUGAGUGUUACAAGCUUUAUUCAAGUUGUCUGUUGAAAAUCUCUUCGCUGCACCAGUUUAAUUAGAUUAUUGAUUUCUUUGGAAAGAA